AAGCCACACACUGAAAUCCCGACUCAUUCCUUAUCCAGGGCAUUUCCAAGGUGCCUGGUGGAUUGGGAACAUGGAUUAGGAACAGAAAUAACAGUUCUCUCACCACUAAUCCAAAAUGAACUGGUGUUAUAACCAACUAAUUUUGAUUAUCCAAGGGCCCUUUCUGAUGUUACAGGUCUAAAUCAACAAGAGGAGAAAAGAAAUAUUUCCGUGCAAAAGGUGAAAUUUUCUGGGAUUUCCUUCCUCACUGGGAUAACUCUCCUAACUUUCUGGGAUUUCUCUCCUUACAGGUGGUGUUUCUGUUCCUUAAAACCGUGCCCCUCGUUCCUCACCUCUGGUAACGUUUGAGAGGUGUCAACGUUCAGAAAUAUUGGAGCAAUCCAACAAGAGGGGGCUGUCGGGCUCUGCUCCCAGGGAACAAGGGACAGGACGAGAGGAAACGGCCUCAGGCUGUGCCAGGGGAGGUUUGGGUUGGAUAUCGGGAAAAUUCCUUCCUGGAAAGGGUGGUCAGGCCUCGGCAGGGGCUGCCCGGGGAAGGGGGGAGUCCCCACCCCUGGAGGGAUUUAAAGCCCUGUGGAUGUGGCACGUGGGGACACGGGGCAGUGGUGGCCUUGGCAGCACUGGGAAGGGUUGGACUCCGUGAUUUUGGAGGUCUUUUCCAACCCCAAAGGUUCUCCAAUCCAGCAGGGAGACACUCGGGUUGGGGGAGGUUCAUUUGACCUUUCACUCCUUCCCGUGUCCCCAGGGUGUCCCUGACUCACUGCACGACUCCACAUCCUCUUGGGACAGCGAGGAGAGGACGGCCCAGCCCUGCCCACGUUGGAGUGCCCUAAUUGGCAGCACUAAUUGCCCUGACCAGGCUUGUGGAGGGUUCCCACCCACCCACCACCCACCCCUUGCCGUGGGAGCCCCAUUUAAACCAAGCUCCCUUCUUUUGGGCCUUCUUGGAGCUGUGCUGGGUCCACGCUGGAUUUGGGCUCGUGGUUGUUUCCCUCCUGGCUGUGGAGCUGCCUUGGGAUGUCCCUGAGGACCUGGACCCUCCUGGCUGUUCCUGGCCGAGCUGAGCCCGCGGCGAAGAUGAGGCUGGUUCUGCUCCUCAGUGCCCUCCUCGGGGCUUCCCUGGCCCUGGAGACCUUCGUGGGGCACCAGGUUCUCCGGAUCAAGACCAGAAAUGAGGAGGAGGUGAGGCAGCUGCAGCUCCUGGAGUCGCUGGAGCACCUCGAGCUGGAUUUCUGGAUCAGCCCCUCUGCCCCCGCCCUCCCCGUGGACGUGAGGAUUCCUGCUGCCGGCGUCCGGUCGGUCAAAGCCUUCCUGGAAUCCCAGGGGAUCAAGUAUUCCGUCCUGAUCGAGGACCUGCAGGAUGUUCUGGACAAGGAGCAGCAGGACAUGGCCGAGAGCGCCCAGAGGGAGCGAAGCACCAGCUUCGACUUCAGCUCCUACCACACCCUGGAUGAGAUUUAUGCAGAGCUGGACCACCUUGCAUCCGAGCACAGCUUCGUGGAGAAGAUCCAGAUCGGGGAAUCCUACGAGAAGCGCCCCCUCUACGCCCUCAAGUUCAGCACCGGCGGGUCCAACCGCCCAGCCAUCUGGCUCGACGCCGGCAUCCACUCCCGGGAGUGGGUCACCCAGGCCAGCGCCCUCUGGAUCGCCAACCAGAUCGCCUCCGGCUACGGAUCCGACUCCUCCAUCACCUCCCUGCUGGACAAGAUGGACCUUUUCCUGCUGCCAGUGGCCAACCCUGAUGGCUUUGUGUACACCCACACCUGGAACCGCAUGUGGAGGAAGACGCGCUCCAAGAACGCGGGCAGCGUCUGCUACGGGGUGGAUCCCAACAGGAACUGGGAUGCGGGCUUUGGAGGUCCCGGGGCCAGCAGCAGCCCCUGCUCCGACUCCUACCACGGCCCCAGCGCCGAGUCCGAGGUGGAGGUGAAAUCCGUGGCUGACUUCAUCAGGAACCACGGGAACUUCAAGGCCUUCCUCACCCUGCACAGCUAUUCCCAGCUCCUGAUGUAUCCCUACGGAUACAAGUGCACCAGGCCCGACGACUACGCCGAGCUGGAAUCCCUGGGAAGAGCCGCUGCCAAUGCCAUCAAAUCCGUGUACGGCACCACCUUCCAAGUGGGGCCCAUCUGCUCCACCAUCUACCAGGCCAGCGGGGGCAGCAUCGACUGGGCCUACGACAUCGGCAUCAAAUAUUCCUUCGCCUUCGAGCUGCGGGACACGGGACGCUACGGAUUCCUCCUGCCCGCCACCCAGAUCGUCCCCGCCGCCACCGAGACCUGGAUGGGCCUCAGGAAGAUCAUGGAGCACGUCCUGAAAAAGCAGGAAUGAGCCGGCAAAGGGCUCUUCCCCGGGCUGGGAUGAAUAAACCCCU